AUGCCAGUGGACACCAGUAAGCCGCCACAGACGGUGGCCAGCGGAGGCACCUUGAUUUUCGACGGCGGCAGACGCGGCCCCCCUGACCUGCGACUCCUGCACUACAACGACGUCUAUCAUGUCGAAGCCUCCUCAUCAGAGCCCUGCGGCGGCGCCCCGCGGUUCCAGACCUUGGUGAACCACUAUCGAUCCGACCCCAGCUUCUCCGGGCAGCCCUUGAUACUCACCUUCUUCUCCGGCGAUGCUUUCAACCCGAGUCUCGAGAGCACCAUCACGAAGGGUCAGCACAUGGUUCCGUUUCUUAACCAUGUGGGAACAGAUGUUGCCUGUGUCGGUAACCAUGAUCUCGACUUUGGAAUUGCGCAGUUCAGGCAUCUCAGAUCUCAGUGCAAAUUCCCGUGGCUGCUCGCAAAUGUGCUCGACCCGGCCCUGGGCGAAGGGGAACCCAUGGCAAAUUGCCAGAAGACCUGCAUGCUCGUCUCUUCAAACGGAAUAAAGGUCGGAGUCAUUGGCUUGGGUGAAAGGGAGUGGCUCGCUACUAUCAACUACCUACCUCCAAAUCUUAUAUACAAGUCUGCGUCAGAAACAGCAAAUGAGCUAGUUCCUGCCCUCCGCAAACAAGGUGCAGACAUAGUCAUUGCCGUCACCCAUCAGAGAGAGCCAAAUGACAACAAGCUCGCGGAGAAAAUUCCCCCUGGCCUGGUGGAUAUCAUUUUAGGCGGCCAUGACCAUUAUUACAGUCACAGCUUCAUCAACUCUACGCAUGUUUUACGUUCCGGAACCGAUUUCAAACAGCUAAGCUAUAUCGAAGCUUGGAAAAGGCAGUCUGGUUCCGGUUGGGAUUUCAACAUCACCCGGCGGGACGUUACGCGCAGCCUGCCCAAAGACCCAGAGACUGUUAAGCUUGUAGAUAAGCUCACAUCAGCCCUUAAGGGGAAAUUGCAGAAGCCUAUCGGAUACACGAUCACUCCACUCGACGGCCGGUUCACUACCGUCCGCACCCAAGAAUCGAAUUUAGGAAACUUUGUAUGCGACCUAAUGAGAUACUACCACAACGCGGACUGCGCAAUCAUGGCUGCCGGGACCAUUCGCGGAGACCAAAUAUAUCCACCUGGGAUUCUUAGAGUGAAAGACGUACUCAAUUGUUUCCCUUUUGAAGAUCCUGUGGUAGUUAUCCGCAUUACGGGCAAAGCUCUUCGUUUGGCGCUGGAAAACGGCGUCAGCGAGCUUCCUGCCCUUGAAGGACGGUUCCCGCAGGUAUCAAACAUCAAAUUCGCCUUCUCUAUGUCUAAAUCGCCCGGUUCCCGUAUCUUAUGGGCAAAAGUGAACGAUGAGGAUCUCGAAGAUGGUAGGUUGUACACUGUCUCAACGAGAGGUUACAUGGCUAGAGGGAAGGAUGGUUUCGCCUCGCUACUCACCAAGAGCGAGGGAGGCGAGGCAGAGGAGAUUGUGUCCGAAGAAGAUGGCCUUCUGCUCAGCACUAUGCUCCGGCAGUACUUCCUAAGUAACAAGAUCCUGGGAAAAUGGAAUCGCCUCAGUCGCAGCCUGGACCGGCACUGGAUGGAUGUCCACAAAAAGCUCGAGUCAGAGGAACUGACUCCUCCACCAAGCCGCGCUGCUCCUACGGCCGGAACUCCUUCCGAAACGAGCUUCCGUUAUGCAUCUCAGCCACGGGUUGCCCAAGCGACCGACCCCAUGACAGCGGCUUCAUUAGUAAAUCGGAAGCCUGGCGCCACUGCUCUGAGCCAAAAAGAGACUGACACACCCCUGGAUUCCGAGUCUGAUUCCCAUUCAGAAUCACUUCUCCGUCCCCGUAAUUAUGUCACAUCCCAUGCGUUGUCCCCGGACGAUGCUGACCACAGAGAACUGGUUGCAAGAAAAGUACUCAGGAAGUGGCGAAGAAAGAUAGGAGUUGAUCCAAACCGAGUUAAAACUGUCGAACAGGGUGGUAAGGACCAUUUGCCGCCAUGGACUCGGGCCAUAGCCCCAGUGGUGGAUGGCAGGAUUGUUCGGGUAGACUGA